AUGGAAAGUAAGCCAUACCCCACUCAACCAGAAGAUCCAUACAGUCAACAUAGUGGAGCAUAUUACCAACCAGACUACAGCCAGUUUGACCUGGUCCGAGCAACACAGUAUGGCAUCUUUGACAGAUGUGCUGAGCUGAUUGACAAGGAAGGAGUAGAUGUGAAUACUCCUGACAAAGAAAAUGUUUCAGCAUUGCAUUGGGCUGCAAUCAACAAUAGAAUAAGAAUUGCUGAGUAAGCAUGAAUUGAUACAAUUUGCAAUUUGUAUCUUCAUUAUGUUGUUAAUACAGGUCAGCAUUAAAAGUUGGUCUCAGUCUGAAGCCUGCUUGUUACUGAUUUAAGGAUUAAUUGGUAAAUUGACUAGUAUUCUAUGAGUUUUUUAGUAAGAUUUGUUUGUCCAAAACUCCAUGAUAUAUUUAUUUACAACAGGUAUUUUGUCAAAAAGGGAGCUAUUGUUGAUAGGAAGGGUGGUAUUUUGCAUGCCACACCACUACAUUGGGCUGUCAGGUAGGUAAUCUUGCUUCAUUGGUGCAAAAUUUCUGACCUCUUUGUCUCUUGACUGAACCACCUAACAGUGUUUUUGCAUUUUUUAUCACAGGCAAGGCCACCUUGAGAUGGUUGUCUUUCUAAUGAAGCAUGGAGCUGAUCCAUCAUCACUUGACAUAGAAGGUACAUGGGCAUGUUUUGAAAUUAACUAAGAAAUAAAACUACAUGCAAGCACUAUUCUUACGCAUACUAUUUUUAUCUUUGAGAUCUACUACCUAAUAAUGUUCCUUUCAUUAUUCUUUAAAAACAUGAGCCUUUCUCCUUUAAACAACAGAGUUCAAAAUUUCACCAAAAGAGUUAGAUUAUUUGCUCUCAAUUUCUGCAUGUGAUACUUGAUCCAGGCUUUGCCCUCAUAAGCUGUCAUGUGUUAGAAUUCUUGACCUCAUAAUCUUAUUGCUCAAUGAAUUUUGAUACUCAUUUGUUGUUGUUUACACAACAGGGUGCAGUUGUUUACAUGUAGCUGUUCAGAACAGUCAGAUGGGAGUUGUGGCUUAUUUGAUUUCUAAAGGAAUGGUAUGUAUUAUUUUGUAUUAUUAUUUCCAACUAACCUUUUCCCUUUGUGAGCGUAAAUUUCUUUGUCAUAAAGAAAUUUAAUAUAUUUUGUAAUUGAAUUUGUUUAUUGCAGGAUGUUGAUUUGCUGGAUAGAAAUGGAAUGUCACCUUUGAUGUGGGCAUCUUAUAGAUGCUUUGGGUGAGUGUAACUUUAAAUCUGUAUUCCUUGAGAUUUAGAGGAGUUAGGAUGUUCAAAGCAAGACAGAGAAAAUGGAGGAGGUCAAACCUUUGGAGAAUGAUGUGUAUUAGAUUUUAUAGGCUUCCAAGCAUGUACACAAAAAGAAAGUUUACUAAGGAGUUGCUUGAAUAAGAAAGGACUCUGUUCAAAGAUGUAAACAUGCAGAAACAACUAAUUUGUCUUUUUGUUUGACUUAUAAAUUUGUUACAUUUUUAGAUAAUAAUAAUCAUUUCACAAUGUUCUCUAGGUUGGAGCUGACAAGGAUGCUCUUGACAAUGAAUGCCUCAAUAGCACUGGCUGACAAGUUUCAUAAAAACACAGGUGCUUGUGUUACUCAAGUAAAAAAAAAACUUGAUAUAUGAUGUAUUUGGCCAGCACUUGUCUUAUAUGUAUGUGCAUUGAAAGGCAGCCUGGCUGGGAUAGCUGCCAUGUCGUAAUAAACAUGUUUGUUGUGUUGUUCUUUUAAAUCUGGCCUAAUCCCUUUCUUUUAAACCAUCAUCGAUUCCUUGAUAUUUAACAAAAAUCAAUUUUAAAUGAGUUUUUACAGUGCUUUGGCAAUUUAACUAAAAAAUUGGGCUCAUGUUGUGUUCAAUUACUAAUCUACAAAUCAGUUUGAAGACUUUUUCACCCUAUAGCAGUCAGUUAAUAGGCAAAGUUAUCCAGACUUGAUAGAUGUAACUAUCCAGGGUUUCAGUUGAACCAACUAAAGGAACAGUACCAUGGGUUUGAGUACAUGACACAUUCAAGUUAUCCUUUGUUUAGCAGAUGUGACUCCUAAGAAUUAAGGGAAUUUCAAUUGUCCUCUUAAAAAUGGCAACUCUUGCAGAAAAUUAGCAACCAGCAAGACCUAAACCUAGUGACAAUCAUUUUCUGUUCUCAGCUUUACACUGGGCAGUGAUGUCUAACAACCACAAUGUGAUACGAACACUUCUUAAAGCUGGUGCCAGCAUGGAUGCUUUGAAUGCUGAGGUACACAGUCUGUCUAAUGCUCUAAAAGUUCUAACUUUCAACUUGGUGGACAGCCUUUGUUCUUCCUUUUUUAGUCACAUUCAUUACUGUAAAAAUGAGAAUUAACUGGUAUUCUUUUGACAUGAAUAAAAUCAGCUGAACCAGACUUAUUCCUGUAAUAUCAGCUGGACAUGCAAUACCUGUAUUGAGUCCUUUCUCACAGCUUUGGUAUUGCACAACUGUGGCUAUGUUGUGCUGCUUCCAAAAAUUGCACAUGGAUGAGUUCAUAUGACUUUUGUUUGUGAUGUUCUUGUUACGUGUUUUGAUUAUAAUUUUUUUUUAACAAACACAUUGACAGGGUCAGUCUCCAUAUGACUUGGCAAAACAGAAGAAAAGCAAGUGGAUUUUGGUUCAAAUGGAUUUAAUGCAAAAAGACAAAGGAGAAGGAAAACCAGUAUUUUUACAAUCUUUGACCAGAGACAAGGUGGGUGUGGUACAGUUAAUAGUGGAGCUCGCAGAGCAUAGCCCCAUAAUUAUACAAAAUAGUAGUAACCCAUCAAGCCGAAAAAAUUUGGAUGUACGACCGUACAAGGUGCUACUUUUGACUUGCGUAGUCAACUGUGCUGCAGGCACGCCAACACCACGGCUUUGUUCUGUAGUCCAGUGGUCAGUGCACUGGGCUGUGAGUCAGAUGACCCAGGUUCUAGUCCUGGCCGGGAUAAAAAAAUGCUAGCUCUGCUUUUAAGCUUGGCUAAAUCUAUAUAUUAAUGCUUACCUCUAAUCUUGCAAUUAGUAACAGCUGACUUUUCAGACAAAUAUGUAACUGUAAAAAUGAAUAGGCCCUCUUGAAAAUUUUCUCAAUUUUUUUUCAAAAGAGAAACAAUAUUAUUUCUCUUAAAAAGCUAUGGCAUAAAGGGCUUAGUUUAUAGUGACUUCAGGCUGCAUAAAACUGAAAAUACUGAUCAAAGCUAACCUGGUAUUUGCUGAAAUCUCUUCUCAGGCUGUUCAACGUUAUGUUCAAAUAGGACUGCCAUUCUUUACCAUCUUCUCAAUUGGUGCGAUUUUAGAGUAUUCAUCGGCAUGGUUUAUUUCUCUGCCACUCUUUUUAGCUGUAGGAUUAACGGCAUACUAUACAAUGCAGUAAGUACUGUUAGAUCUGUGCUUUAAUAUAUACAGUGAAGCUGACUCUUUCUUUGAUUAUCCUGUAAUAUGCAGUUUGGGUGUGAAUUGUGGUGACAAGGAUUGUUGGAAAGGUGCUUCUUGUCCCACCUGAUGUCUUGAGAACUCUUGCUGCUUGUCAUGGAACAUGACCACUGAGCAUGGAUCUGAUAUGCAGCAAGUUUGCUACCUCAAUUUAGCUAACCUUUAUAUGAAUCACCCUCUAAUUAAUUUUCAAAUGGGAGUCAAUGAAGGAAGAUAAACUGCCUCAGCAAAUUUUGAUUACUACUGCAAUAAUUGCCAAAUACUUGGGGUUUCAGUGUUUCAUAACUUGCUACAGAAAUUCACCCUUUUUUGUCAACAUGAAUUUGAUAAUUUACCAAGGCUUUCAUUUGUACCUGACAUGGCACAACUGUUACCUUAGAAGCCAAAAACUCAGCUGAUCAACUUUAAACAUGUUUUUUUUGGAUUUUAUUCCGUAAACUUGGUUUGAACCAUUGAAGUUAGUACUAAGUAAUCUAAAUACAUUGUUUUAGAACCGUUUCAGGCAUAGCAGUGAUGCACUUAUUUUUGCUAAUACUUUAUUUUAUUACUACCUUUUACUCACAGUUGGUUCACUUUAGUCUAUUCUGCUGGUAGUGGUGUUGUAUUCGGCUGGACACUGGCUACCAAAGCUUAUCUUUACUACAACAUUUUAACUGUGUAUUUGUAUUAUAUCCUUUCCAACAUUGCUUUAGUUUUAUUAACUGCACAAUUAAUUAUUUCUGGCUUUUUGUCGAUGACUUCAUCCUUUCUGGGAAAUGCUUGUUUUUUUCAAAACUAAUUGCUAAAAGUUCUGGUAUAGUGUGUAAAAUGUUUAAGCAGCUACACAGUGCAGAACCACUGUUGCCCACUUAAUUUAUGUGCUUUUUAAAACGAACAACCACAUAAGAGAUACUAAAUUCUAUUGUUUUUGAGGUGUAAAGAAAAGGUAUUGUGUUCUUCAAUUUUAGAAAACUUGUAAAAUCAGAAAAGCAAACUGCAUAAUUUUAAACAAUUUAAUUUGCACCAGAAUGGCUAUCAAAGGUUUAAUUUUCUUGAAAGUAAGCGAUUGGAACCUAUCCUUUUAGAAAAUUUUCAUAAACAUAUUCUUUCAACACAAAACGAAAUUCAAGAUUGUUCACGAUUAGCGAAUCAUCAAGUUCGAAAAAAGGGUUGAAUUUGUUUAAACCAUAUUCUUUAAUCAGAACGAAAUUGAAGAUCGUUCACAAUUAACAUCGUCAAUUUUGUUUCAGAUAAAGCUUUAACGAAUAACAAUUAACACAAUCAAUUCUGUUGUAAUUUAAUAACGUUGCAUAGAUCACAAGAGCUGAAAUUGAUCUCCGUCUUUUGUUGUCGGUCUUUAUUUCACGGUUGCCUGAAUUUCCAGCUUGAAAUUUUCCGUUGCAGUUGUUGUCAGUGGUAGCAACGUCUCGGUUUGCGGAUCACAGCGCUUUACGCUUUUUUUUUUUUUUUUUAAUUAAAACAAAAGUUUAAUUGCUAGUUAGAAGAGAUAGGAAAGAUAUUACAAAAAGACAAUGAAAGCGUGUGAACAAGUUUUGGCUAACGUUUGCAUCUGAUUGGUUGAGUCGAAGGGGUGGCACGAUAUUUCUUGAACAAUCGCAGAGAGAAGUAAAUGAAAUUCAUAGCAAUCCCAGAUUACUUUCGACAUCUGAGCUAACCCAAUUUUCUGUUUACAGAAUUUUCCAGGGGGGCACCCUUUCAAGUCGUAUACCCCUGGGUGUCUACCUAGCCACUAAAAUCUUCAUGUAUACCACAUGGUUUGUGUUUUUCUGGCCCUAUAUCCUUUUGACCGAAUUUUGUUUACCUACGGCAGCGUAGACUCGUUCCUUUUUUUUUUUUUUUUUUUUUUUUUUUUUUCGGCAAAGCAACUGAGUAAGGGAGCGGUGGAGCCAUUUUAAGUCAAGCUGUUUGAUAAAGAUGGUUGUACUGCCUGUGAUCCAUUUUCUGUGGACCGGGUGUCGGAAAGUUGAAGAAUCGUUCCAACAGAAUGAAGAAUUGUCGACGGAAAUGAUAUCAGAAAAAGAUAUUUUCACAGCGUUUCCAUACACCCAGGAGAAGGAAUGGAUACCAGCGAACUGGGGAAAUCACCUAAGAUACUGGCGGGUAACCUGGAAUGAACUAACUGGUUAAACAUUUAGGAUAUUAAAAAAGUUUCGAUUAAAAACUGAUAACUGAAACAUUUGAUUAAACUUGAUGAAACAACAAAAAACUUCUACAAGAAACACUUGAAGUGAGUUCUUUAAGAUAAAAGAACAGCUUCUAAGUGCUUGAUUAACUGUGAGAAAUAGUCUCUAAAGUAUCUAAGGCAACCUUUUGACUAAUGAUUUAUUGUAAACAAUUUAAUGAAUAUAUAUUCGGUAAAAACAUGAUACAAACGACAAUCAAACGCGAUUAACUCUGAAAACAGAUGUUACAAAGGUAGGGUCAAUGAGCAAAGUGGUUGUUGGCGCAAAUUCCUAACCAAUCACAACUCUCUAAAACCAAUUACAUGACAUGCUUAAACCAAUUAAAGCAGAAAUAAAAUGGGAUUGAGAGCGUUUUUCAGUUGAUUUUCGUAAAACCACGACUAGAGUUAGCACAAAAGCUAAUCAGAGCAAAGGAUAAUACACGUAAUCGGCUCCAAGCGCAAGAAAACGCACAUAACAAAGUCACCAGUGUUAAGAGUUUUGAAUCUGAUUGGAUAAGAGGAUGGCACGAUUUUUAUGACCAGUCACAGGACGUUGUAAAGUAUGGCCAAUGCCAUCUUGGAAUGCUUUCGACAUUUGACUAGAUCGCUCUCAGUAAACAUCAUCACAAAUGAUUACACUGUACCGCUAUCUUUUAAAUCCAUUUGGCUUUAUGUAUUCUUAUAUACCAACAAUUGCGUAAUAUUUAUUUAUGAAUAUAUGGGACAUUUUCCUUAACCUUUUAAUACAUGUUAAUAGCCCGUUUAUCUUGGCAUCAUUCUUCGUCAACACCGUUGGUUUGUAUUACUGUUUCUACAAGUCGUGGAAGGCAGAUCCAGGGUAUAUCAGCACAACCACAUCUGAACAACGACAGGUAAGUCAACAUAGGUGUGAUUUUAGGCCUACCAACUUCGAAAGCGAUAGAGAUAAAAAGACACAAAAGACUUGUAAGAUUAGCGAUACAGAGAAAUGAGAGGAAUGCUGCGUCUACUGAACCUUGUAACCGUAGAAGGCUUGGCAAGAGACUGCCCUUUGAGAGAAUAUAGCAAACCUCUUUUCUUUUGGUCUGAAGAAUACUUCAUGGAAUGCAUGCAUUCUUGAAAUUAUUUUCAAAAAAUGUUUUGAACAUAAACACUCCGCGUCAUUCCACCGUCGGUUACCUAGAAUUUAAAGUUUAAAUAGUCAGUCUUUUUCCACUCGAACACCAUUGUGACGAAAACCACAUCGUGAUCGCAAGAGCAGAACGUAGCGAUUAUGGUAUUGCUAAAUGGAUAGCAACCUUUAUUCCGCUGCACCAAACAGCGGAAGAAGUUUUUAGCAGACAAUUUCAUCGAGCAACUGUGAGCCUUUUAAAAUUGUUUUAUAUAAUUAAUUGUUGUCGUCUGUUUACCUCCUUAGACCAUUAUAGAACUCGUGGAAAAGAAUUCGUUCGACUUUACAAAGUUUUGUUCGACUUGUCUUGUAAGUUGUAAGAUGUCACAACGUUCGUUUCUUUUGGCAGAACUGUAGCCUGGAUUGUAAGCUGUCUCCUCGUCUCAAGCCCCAGCUUGGGCGAUUGGAACGAGGAGACAGCGGACAUACGCAAAAAUUACAGAAAAUGUUAGAAGUUAGUGUUAUUAACAAUUGAUAUUGCACGACAUGCUCAAAAUUGCACAUGCUAGAAACACUUCAUAUUUGAGAAGUGCCACUCGUUACUUAACGGACUAUGUUGUUACUUUUACAGUUACGAAAACCUGUCCGAUCAAAACAUUGUUCCGUUUGUGAACGCUGUGUAGCCAAGUUUGAUCAUCACUGCCCCUGGGUAGAGAAUUGUGUUGGUAGGUACACGCUUUAAAGAUUACUUUAUGACUUGAGUGUAAAAUAUUAAAAAAAUGAGAAAAAUGUUAGUGCAACGAACAAAAUCAAAUAGGCAACUUCAGGUUGGUCUGAACAGUCUUGUUUUUUGUUUUUUGUUUUUUUUUCGGUUUUAAACAGGUGUUGGUAAUCAUCUGUACUUUUUUGGAUACCUGUGUUUCCUGUUUGGCAUGAUUCUCUGGUACAUCUAUGGAGGAACCGUUUGUAAGUAUUUAGUCAUUUAGUUACAUAAAACUCUCAAGGAUUGAUUCCCUGUUCGCCUUUUUCCAACCUUCAGCGUUUAAAAAUAGUGUUCCAUCUUUUUUCAACUAGAAAUUAUUGUUGGUGUUGUGUUUUUUUUUCAGAUUAUGUUACAGCUUGUGGUCCCUACCCUGAUGGGAUCUGGAAAACCAUCGCUCACAGCACGCGUUGUGCCCCUUGGAUCACGUGGGGUUAUGCCAACGCCCUGUUCCACGUGAUGUGGGUGGGCGCUUUGUUUUUCUGUCAAUGUUACCAGGUAUGACUGGCUCUUAAUGUCAGCACAUUUCUUUUACGUUAUUAACCCUUUACACCCUAACAUCAUCACGCAUAUUCUGCACACUGUUCUCUACACAUUUCUUAAGGUGGCGACAGGGAGAAUUUGUUUAACAAUCAAGAGCUUCUUAAGCUGGUGAUCAUUUUCUUUAUUUCCUUGACCUUAAUAUGUGAUUCAAAGUGUGGGUCAAGUGUGUGGGUUAAAGCUUGAAGAGAUUUUAGCUGAAUAAAGGAGAUGGUAGGUUGUGAGAUUUUCGUUGUCGGUGAAGGGUGACAAUUACUAAGCUAUGGAAUUGUUGAAGAGUCUGGACUCGGUACGAUUCCAUUGUUGAAAUGGAUCUGCGCGUGUCAUGGGAUUGCUCGGAGAAAGUGAAGAUAGAACAACCUCGUUCCCAAGGUCCCUCUUAGACCUUGGGAAACAUCAUCAUGGCUCGUCUGAAAUUAAGACGGUUAAAGAUGGACUAAUUGCAAAUUAAUAAAUUUGGAUAUUUCAAUUUGAAGUUAAAACUGAGCAAUUUUGUUUCAAAGAUCUUCUGGUUGGCAAUGACGACCAAUGAACGCUUGAACAUGUCAAGGUAUGCCCACUUUAGCGAUGACAAAGGAAUGCCUCAGAGCCCGUUCAGGUAAAUUAAUCGCAGUCUGUUAUCUACUAUUGCUUUGUUGGUGGGUCUAUUAGUUUCAGAAAUGAGUCGUUAUUUACCCAAGAAUUACGAUCAGGUUAAGGAAGAGAAAUUCUUGAAAAAGGCGACUUCAGCACUGAUCUUUUUCAGCCAUGAUUUAAAAGUUUGACCAUUUCAUCUGCUAUCUGUGUAUCUCAAGGCGUAUCUCAAGUUUUCUUGUCUGGUGGAAUAAUGAAUCCCUCUUUCGAUGGUCAUAGAAAAUUCACGCGGACAUCUUGUUCAUUUCUCUUGUUGUCCCAGUGUAUUCAUGUCAAACCUUGGAAUGAGUUUUUUUUAAAGUAUUUUAACAUGAUUUCUUUUCAAAACUGUACGUAACGAUUUAAAUUGUUUUUCAGUCGCGGUCCUCUCGGAAAUAUUGCAGACUUUACAAAUACGAAUCUUUGCGGUCUGGUGCGACCUCUCCGAGUAGACUGGUAUCGACAGUUUAGUAGUGAAGUCAAAAGUACCCAGAAGACUGUGUGAUACUUGUGUAUUUAGAAUGGAUAUUAUAAAAGUUUGCGAUCGUCAGUUUUAUCAAGAUGAUGACUUGUUUUACGUGACAAUAGCGAAAACGGCUGCGAAAAUAAUAAUUUGGACCUAAAAACCGACACAGUCCUUCACGUGGUGUAAUCGGUGGAGUGUAUUCCUGGAAAAGACUGCUUGUGGUGACGGUUACUGUAGAUUCGAGGUCCUGAGUGAAAGUCAUUAUCAAACAUUCUGUUGUCGAGAAAAAAAGAGUCUACGGGAAUCUUUGCCAACUGAUAUUUAAGGUAAUGCGACGAGUCUCCAUAGCGACGAACUGACAGCUGUCAAAAUUCGUGCUUUUUUCUGAUCGUUUGGGUUGGAUACAGAAGACCUGUUUGACGAUUGGUCGGGUUGCGGUAGCUUUGAGCUAGCUUCCUAUCCAUAAAACGUCUCGCUGGGUAAUAUUAGCAAAGUAAGACUGAGUGAACAAUAUUUUUGAGACUUAGUCUUUAGGCUUUAGAUUUAAUAUGAAGUAUUGAUCAAUGAGAGAGCUUGUUUAUGGGCCCCUAAGGUAUUAUAAUUCAACAGUCGAUAAUCUUAGCAUGGGUGGCUCUGAUGACUCUGGUAGUUGACGAGGUGAAGUAAAGUUUUUUCUGUUAGGCUGAUCGGGUGGAAUGUGCCGAUCUUGCCUCUUUGUUCACGCGUUCUUACUUUCUUCUUUAUUUCUGGGCAAUUUUUUAUGAAGACUAAAAGGUUUCCCAGCAGUUCUUACAGCAAUUGAGUCGCAAAACGCAGUAUCCGCAAGUCGCCAAAAAUAACUGAGAAAACCUCGAAGAAAACUGAUAAAACCUGAAAUUUUGUUGCGUAAUCAUAUGGUGAUAUGACACAUUCUUUGUUGAUCCAAUUAGUUCGCUAAAGACGGCUACAUAAUGGCCUUGUUUUCUUUUUAUUUACAAAGUAUCUGCAUUUAUUCGGGGGAGAAGAUGCCUUGCACGAGAUUUUGGCCACCUUGUGCGCUCAGAAUUGGUCAAUAAGGCAGAUUUAAAGUGACCUUGGUACCUUUGUUUGUAGAAUUCGUUGUUAAUAAAAACAAACAAGGAAGUAUUAUAAACGAUUAAGCAAGUUUUAGUCAAUCCUGUAUUUGUUUAUUUGUAACAUCAGUGUCAGUUGUGAAUAGGUUAGUGCAAAGAAUUUAGCCAAGAAACAAUGAAUCAAUGUAGUGAGAUGUGUACAAGCAUGGUCAUGAAGCGCACUUGAAAAUGAAAUUAUCUGUGGGCGGGGACACGGGAAAUUAUUCGAAAUUCGUAUAAUUUUAUUUGUGGUCAUCAAAACCCAAUAUUUGCAUAGCUGGUUGGAGGUUUUCUAUAUAAGGACGUCCCUUCUUCUAUACAUCUCCUGUGAACUAGUUUUAUUUUAAAGUUUUUACAAUUUGUAAGUUUAGUAAAAGGAGUGAUAGGUUUUGUUUGGAUCUUUUUCUGAUUUUGUGAUUCUCCUUCAGAUAAAAGACAGUUUCAGACAAGUUAAAGAUUUUGUGAUCCGUCCCAAACGACCCUUCAGCCCCCGCCUGCGUACCCCUCCCCCCCCCCUCUUAAAAAAAUAAAUAAUGAAGUUAAUAUUGGUUUAACCCAGGACCGAAAAUUGAUCGAGUAAAGUGAUGGUCCGGGUGAAAUGAGUCUGAAUAUUUUUUGUGAAAUAAACUCAGUUUGGUUCGCUUCGACGUACUGUACUGAACUGAUCAUCAAAGUGAAAUUAACGUUCUGCUAAUGAUUAUUGUGUUCGAGUCGUUAAAAGAGAAGCGAUAUUGCCUUGUCAUGGUCUUGUUGAAAUUAUUCCUGAGCGAACCUGAAAUAAAUGUUAAAGGAGUUAUGUCAUAGUUUGCCUGU